UGCUCUCCGCUCAUCUCCCCGGGCAUUUGCUGCCGACGUUACGCUGUGAAGGGAAGAAACCCGCAGUUAACACGUGCGAUGCCUGGUCAGUAGCUGAACCCCCCCCCGUUCUCACCCUGAGGGCCCGGCUUGCAUGGCCCCCGGUCUGCCGCCCGGACAAUAGAGAGCCCGCCUGGCCGCCGCCGCCGCAGCCGCAGCCUCUCCUCUUGCAGCCGGGAAAGCUCUGAGUGUUCCUGCCUCGGAUCCCUGCAGCACUCUCCGCCGCUCCAGAUGGCUGGACACGAGUGGGAAGACUGGUUCGAGCGGGAGGAACUCAUCGGACAGAUCAGCGACAUCCGAGUGCAGAACUUGCAAGUUGAAAGAGAAGUGGUUCAGAAGAGGACCUUCACCCGAUGGAUGAACCUACAUUUAGAAAAGUGUGAUCCACCCAUUGAGGUCCAUGACCUUCUCCGGGACAUCCAGGAUGGACGCAUCCUCAUGGCCCUGCUGGAGGAGCUCUCCGGCUGCAAACUGCUUCAUGGAUUUAAGAAGUCCUCGCAUCGUAUUUUCAGACUCAACAACAUUGCUAAGGUCCUGUCUUUCCUUGAGGAGAGAAACGUAAAGCUGGUCAGUAUCGAUGCAGCUGAUGUUGCUGAUGGAAACUCCUCCAUCAUCCUUGGUCUCAUCUGGAACAUCAUCCUCUUCUUCCAGAUUAAGGAGCUGACUGGGAACAUCAGGAGCCAGUUUCCCUCCUCCUCCAGCCUGUCGUCCAUCCCCACCAGCUCUGAUUCUGACAUGUCCUACUGCAGCACACCGUCAGAUGAGAGACAGUCAGCAUCAACGGCCAUGCGAGAACAAAGCAAGGCCAUCAAGAAACUUUUACAAUGGGUACAGAAGCGAACACGCAAGUAUGGUGUAGCAAUUCAGGACUUUGGGAAGAGCUGGACAAGUGGUCUGGCCUUCCUGGCUGUCAUUAAGUCCAUUGACCCCAGCCUGGUAGACAUGAGGAAGGCCCUACUGAGGAGUGCAAGGGAGAAUCUGGAGGAUGCCUUCAGGAUAGCCCAUUACAGCCUCGGUAUCCCACGCCUCCUGGAGCCUGAGGAUGUGACGGUCAACGCACCAGAUGAACAAUCCAUCAUAACAUAUGUGUCACAGUUUUUGGAGCACUUCCCUGGCAUAGAAGAGCCAGAGGAGCCCUGCCAGCUGAUUGAACGAAGCAUCUCUAUGGGCCGACUCAACUUCCGUGACGGUGACUCUGAGCACACAAGGAAUGGCGUUCACCGAAGCAGAGUGAGGGAGAGGUCCUACAUGUUUGAGAGGGGUUUUGCCCAACCCCCACCCAAAAUCUUAAUUUCCUCCGUGUCAGAGGACAAGAGUGCCAUGUCACCCCCAUUUAGGACAGCUGCAGCUCGCUCGUGGUCCAUUGAAGACUUCAUAGCAGAUUCCACCCACAUGGAAGAUAUCUCCAGCAGUGUGGUUAAAGACUCCAAGGAACCUGUCAUUGAGGUCUUAACCAACUCAACAUCUAACUCCCCACAACUGUCUUACACUCACUCACCAACUUGCUCUUCAGUGCCUGUGUGUGUAAAUACUGAGUCAGUAAUUGGUGACUCAGCAAUCAGCUCACCAGACUCCUGGGUGGAAAGUGAAUUUGGGGUAAUGCCAGAGAAGUUUUGUGAGAGCCAAAGUGACAGUUCUUUGUGUGACAGUGGAACAGCCUGGGAUGUGUACCGUGCAACCCCUGUAGAGGUUACUACUCUUGAUGAAGGAUUUGUCCCAUCCUUAGAAGAUAGAGCCCCUGAUGAACAGUCGAUUACUGAGUCAUAUAGUGAUGAAGGGAUUUACUCACUGGGCUCACUGGAGAGAACACAAGGACAAAUCCAAGGACAUUCUGAGAAAAAUCAAGCCGAAGUACUGAAAGAGAGAGAGGCGAACCUUGAGAACCACAACCAGGACAUGGCACAAGAACAGGUACUGGAUCAGAGCAAAGCUGAGAUCACAAACAAAGUAGACUCUAAACAGAUGGAUACAAGUCUACUUCAAAAACAAAAAGUACCCAGAGAGCAAGAACCUUCUUUUGGACUGUGUGAUGCAGAAAUACUGGCCAACUCUGGUGCCGGGGAUCUCCGUGAAACGGAUAACACUGAACUACAUCUCCCUGACCAAUUUGAAGAACUUGUGAAUCAAACCAGUGUUGAGAGCACUUACAGAGAACCAGAAUGUUUAAAUAAAACUGUGGACUUCACUGGGGAUGCACGGGACCAUGAAGGACAAAUUAAUGGUCGAACUGAAAGUCUGAAUGAGAGAAAUAAUUCUGAGGAGGCUGCAGUGGAAACUCAAUGUCAGAAAACAGAUUCUCCUUUAGAGAAGAAAGGAGAGGACCCAGGAGAUAAAUCAUGGAUUUUAAAGGAAAGGGAUGAACGUGUUGUAGAAACACAAAAUAAAGCAAGUAAAGGAGUUCUACAAGACUACCCAUAUCCUCAAGAAAGCAUCAGAACCGAGACUGUUGGUGCUUUAGCAAACAUACAUCAAACCAACAAAGAGGGGGUACCAAGCAUUCCUCUGAUCUCCAUUUCCAGUGAGCCAGAAGAGCAAAAUGAAGAGGGAACAUGUGACCCAGAAAGACAAGCUCACGCUGGGGAUGAAGAGAUACACCAGCCAGAGGCAACUGGAAUUAAGAAAAUUCCAGAUGAAUUGAGUUGUGACUCCAGUGACAAUGAUGACAAAAACACUGUUGCGAUUCCUUCCAGCUUGAUAUCAGAAAAUGUUAAACAAACCGCUUCAGAAAAAAUAAGGGACAUAGAAAAUGGGCCUUUGGAUGAUACAGAUGAACACGAUAUCAGGGAUUCUUCAAAUGAAGACACAUGUGUUCCAUACACAAUAGAUAUCAUGGAAAUAAUCGAAGCCAAACAGGAAUUUGAGUUUCAUCACAACAACUCCCAGACAGAUAACACUGACAAGGACUUCAUUGCUCAGACUUCUGCUAAAGAUGAUAAAUCUCAACCUGUGAAUACUGAGCAGGAAACACUGGGUAAUAGUUUUUCUGACAGUGAAACAACCAACUCACAGCAGAGCACAUUGGAUCUGGUCAACUCAGAACCGAAUGAGGAUCUAGUUGGUGACCCUAUUGAACCCAUGGAUCUGUUCUACCCAGACAAAGAGGAGCCCAUGUUUACUGAGCCAACUGAUACUGAAAUGCAAAGUUGGCCUUCUGUUUUGAGUGUAUCAGCUCUCCAGCCAGCGCCAGCUUCAGAGACUCUACCAGACGAUCAAGCACUCAACACCUUGGGUGAAGACUUCAGGAAUGGAGUGGAUUUGAUUCAACAGAAUGACAAGAUAGAUGUGAUCACUAAGACCAAACAGGAGACUGACAAAGCAUCUGAUUCCCAGGAGCAGUGUUUGUUCCCUGAGGACAAGAUAGGAGGGCUCUGGGGUGCAGAUGUUCCAGCAGAUGGCAGUGAUAUCAGUGAGACUGAGCAACAGAGCCCAGGCUCUGCCAGGGAAAACACAGAGCCUGUGAGAGUCUUCCAUGUGGAAAUCAGACUGCUCACUUAUCCACAAGGGAUUCAGAGGAAAUGA